ACAUCACUGCCACAGGCUAAUUUGCAUAUCACGUGACCGGACUACUCACAUUGGCGCAUUUGUUGAUGGAGGUCAUUCACGUGAUUUAAAUAUCACGUGACCAAAGACGGACUACUUUCCGUGAAUGUAAACAAAACAACACGCAGACACAUACAAGGAAAUGGAUAGCUUUCAAUCCGAUAUAGAUAACAUUUUGCAAUUGUAUGGUGAUUCUGUUAUAUUGAAACCAUAUCAGAGGGAAGCUCUUCAGUAUAUUUACGCGGAAGAAAGUGAUUGUAUAGUUUGUCUUCCGACAGGUUACGGCAAGUCUUUAAUAUUUCACCUGCUUGGUCCGCUUCUUCGCCAAAAGAAAGGUUAUGAUUCAGGAUCUAUCCUGGUGAUAUCUCCCCUGAAUAUUAUACAGAGGGAUCAGGCGAUAAGCAUAACUAAGCGUGGCCUUAAGGCAUGUAGGCUCAGUGUGAGCGGUAAAGGGACCACCCUUCGAGAUGAUUAUGACUUCACUGAAUAUUGUAUGGAAUGUGAGACUGAUGCUUCACUGGCAGACAUAGAAUCUGGACUCUAUGAUGUGAUCUUAUGUCAUCCAGAGGCCUUGUUUUCAACAUCACAAGGAGAUGCUCUGUUGAACAGCAGAGCAUUUCAGCAAAAUGUUCUUGCAGUGGUAUUUGAUGAGUGUCACACAGUAGACCAAUGGUCAAGAGACUUCAGAAAGGCCUUUGGCCAUAUAGACACCCUGCCCACCUUCCUAUCUUGCCCUACCAUUGCCCUAAGUGCAACGCUGACGGCAAGAGCUCUGGACAAACUUCCUGGCCUUCUGAAUAUGAAGAAGCCAAAGCUGAUAAUAGCAAACCCUGAUAAACCAAAUAUUUUCUUGUGCUUUCAGAUGGGUCUCUCGUAUCCGACCAUCAUUUGUCAUCCAGGACUGUUCGAAAUCGCCUGCAACGUGCUGGGUUGA